CAUAUAGAUACAUAUAAUUAUAUAUAGUAAUAAUGUGCAUGUAAAUAUCUGGUGGGAGUUUCUCCCUGAGUAGCUGCUGACUGUGAGUAAAGGAAUGAGUAGUGGAAUUCCCCCGGGGCAGGUUCAGAGGCAGUAGGUGUUUGAGUCUCUUGGCUGAGCCCGGCAAUAUCCUGACAUCAUGUGGGUUGGUAUUUACCCUGCAGUUUCUGCCCCAUCAACACUGUGUCUCUGCCAACCCUGAGCCUCACUCCUCCUGCACCGACUGAAUGGAAAACUGUGCUGAACCCAGUGCUGAGAGCAGAGAUAACUGAGCAGCAGGAGAUACAGAGAUAAUCAGGGAAAGGACAUGGCUGGGCUCAGGCUUGGGGUGGCUGUCGCCUUCCUGCUGCUUCUGAAUUCAACUAAUGCAACUGAUGCCACUACCACUGAGAUCAAUGUAACAUCUGCUGCUGCCACUGAGACCAGUAGCUUCAUAUCAACUGCAUCCAACACCACCUCAGCAUCUCCUAUAACCACUGAGAUCACUGACCUUAUAUCCUCCACUGCUGCAAACGAGAUCACCUCAACAUCUCCUACUACCACUGAGACCACUAACCUCACAACCCCUACUGCUACAACUGACACCACCUCAGCAUCUUCUGCAACCUCUGAGACCACUAGCCUUGUUUCUACAACUACUCCAACUGAGACAACAUCAUUAUCUUCUACUACCAUUGAAAUGACAACCCCCACAACUCAUACUACAACAUCUGAAACCACCUCAGCAUUUCCUACAACCACUGAGAUCACUGACCUCAUAUCCUCCACUGCUGCAAAUGAGACCACCUCAACAUUUCCUACUACCACUGAGACCACUAGCCUCACAACCCCUACUGCUACUACUGACACCACCUCAGCAUCUUCAGCAACCUCUGAGACCACUAGCCUUGUUUCUACAACUACUACAACUGAAACCAUCUCAGCAUCUCCUACAACCACUGAGACCACUAUGACAUCCACUACUGCUACAACUGAGACCACAUCAGCAUCUCCUACUGCCAUUGAGAUGACAACCCCCACAACUCAUACUACAACAUCUGAAACCACCUCAGCAUUUCCAACAACCUCUGAGACCACUAGCCUUGUUUCUACAACUACUACAACUGAAACCAUCUCAGCAUCUCCUACAACCACUGAGACCACUAAUACAUCCACUAUUACUACAUCUGAGACCACAUCAGAAUCUCCUACUGCAAUUGAGAUGACAACCCCCACAACUCAUACUACUUUAGCUGACACCACCUCAGCAUCUUCAGCAACCUCUGAGACCACUAGCCUUGUUUCUACAACUACUACAACUGAAACCACAUCAGUAUCUUCUACAACCACUGAGACCACUAUGACAUCCACUACUGCUACAACUGAGACCACAUCAGAAUCUCCUACUGCCAUUGAGAUGACAACCCCCACAAACCAUACUACAUCUGAAACCACCUCAGCAUUUCCAACAACCACUGAGAUCACCGACCUCACAUCCUCCACUGCUGCAAAUGAGAUCACCUCAACAUCUCCUACUACCACUGAGACCACUAACCUCACAACCCCUACUGCUACAACUGAGACCAUCCCUGCAUCUUCUACAACCUCUGAGACCACUAGCCUUGUUUCUACAACUACUACAACUGAAACCAUCUCAGCAUCUCCUACAACCACUGAGACCACUAAUACAUCCACUAUUACUACAUCUGAGACCACAUCAGAAUCUCCUACUGCAAUUGAGAUGACAACCCCCACAACCCAUACUACUUUAGCUGACACCACCUCAGCAUCUUCUGCAACCUCUGAGACCACUAGCCUUGUUUCUACAACUACUACAACUGAGACAACAUCAUUAUCUUCUACUACCAUUGAAAUGACAACCCCCACAACUCAUACUACAACAUCUGAAACCACCUCAGCAUUUCCAACAACCUCUGAGACCACUAGCCUUGUUUCUACAACUACUACAACUGAAACCAUCUCAGCAUCUCCUACAACCACUGAGACCACUAAUACAUCCACUAUUACGACAUCUGAGACCACAUCAGAAUCUCCUACUGCAAUUGAGAUGACAACCCCCACAACCCAUACUACUUUAGCUGACACCACCUCAGCAUCUUCAGCAACCUCUGAGACCACUAGCCUUGUUUCUACAACUACUACAACUGAAACCACAUCAGUAUCUUCUACAACCACUGAGACCACUAUGACAUCCACUACUGCUACAACUGAGACCACAUCAGAAUCUCCUACUGCCAUUGAGAUGACAACCCCCACAAACCAUACUACAACAUCUGAAACCACCUCAGCAUUUCCUACAACCACUGAGAUCACCGACCUCACAUCCUCCACUGCUGCAAAUGAGACCACCUCAACAUCUCCUACUACCACUGAGACCACUAGCCUCACCACCCCUACUGCUAAAACUGAGACCCCCUCAGCAUCUUCUGCAACCUCUGAGACCACUAGCCUUGUUUCUACAACUACUACAACUGAGACCACAUCAGUACCUUCUACUGCCAUUGAAAUGACAACUCAUACUACAACAUCUGAAACCACCUCAGCAUCUCCUACAACCACUGAGAUCACUGACCUCACAUCCUCCACUGCUGCAAACGAGACCACCACAACAUUUCCUACUACCACUGAGACCACUAGCCUCACAACCCCUACUGCUACUACUGACACCACCUCAGCAUCUUCAGCAACCUCUGAGACCACUAGCCUUGUUUCUACAACUACUGCAACUGAAACCAUCUCAGUAUCUCCUACAACCACUGAGACCACUAUGACAUCCACUACUGCUACAACUGAGACCACAUCAGAAUCUCCUACUGCCAUUGAGAUGACAACCCCCACAAACCAUACUACAACAUCUGAAACCACCUCAGCAUUUCCAACAACCACUGAGAUCACCGACCUCACAUCCUCCACUGCUGCAAAUGAGAUCACCUCAACAUCUCCUACUACCACUGAGACCACUAACCUCACAACCCCUACUGCUACAACUGAGACCAUCCCAGCAUCUUCUACAACCUCUGAGACCACUAGCCUUGUUUCUACAACUACUACAACUGAAACCAUCUCAGCAUCUCCUACAACCACUGAGACCACUAAUACAUCCACUAUUACUACAUAUGAGACCACAUCAGAAUCUCCUACUGCAAUUGAGAUGACAACCCAUACUACUUUAGCUGACACCACCUCAGCAUCUUCUGCAACCUCUGAGACCACUAGCCUUGUUUCUACAACUACUACAACUGAGACCACAUCAGUAUCUUCUACUACCAUUGAAAUGACAACCCCCACAACUCAAACUACAACAUCUGAAACCACCUCAGCAUUUCCUAAAACCACUGAGAUCACCGACCUCACAUCCUCCACUGCUGCAAAUGAGACCACCUCAACAUCUCCUACUACCACUGAGACCACUAGCCUCACCACCCCUACUGCUAAAACUGAGACCCCCUCAGCAUCUUCUACAACCUCUGAGACCACUAGCCUUGUUUCUUCAACUACUACAACUGAGACCACAUCAGUAUCUUCUACUACCAUUGAAAUGACAACCCCCACAACUCAUACUACAACAUCUGAAACCAACUCAGCAUUUCCUACAACUACUGAGAUCACUAGCCUUAUUUCCACAAAGACUUCAACUGAAACCACCUCAGCAUCUCCUACAACCACUGAGACCACUAUCUUUACAUCCACACCUACUAUUACUACCACUGAGACCACAUCAGCAUUUUCUAUUAAUGUAACUGAGGCCGCUACCACUGAGAUCAAUGUAACAUCUGCUGCUGCCUCUGAGACCAGUAGCUUCAUAUCUACUGCAUCCAAGACCACCUCAGCAUCUCCUACAACCACUGAGACCACUAUCUUUACAUCCACACCUACUAUUACUACCACUGAGACCACAUCAGCAUUUUCUAUUAAUGUAACUGAGGCCACUACCACUGAGAUCAAUGUAACAUCUGCUGCCGCCACUGAGACCAGUAGCUUCAUAUCAACUGCAUCCAAGACCACCUCAGCAUCUCCUAUAACCACUGAGAUCGCUGACCUCAUAUCCUCCACUGCUGCAAACGAGAUCACCUCAACAUCUCCUACUACCACUGAGACCACUAACCUCACAACCCCUACUGCUACAACUGAGACCAUCUCAAACCACUGA